AUGGUGCUGUGCUCCAAUCCCUGUGUGUCCAGUUCAGGAGGGGAGUCGUCCAGCAGUGAGGGUGGCUCCAGCUGCCUGCAGUUCGGGGUGCGCUCCUACCUGCACCAUUUCUAUGAGGAGUGCUCUUCCACCAUGUGGCAGAGGAACCUGGAGGACCAAGGCUUCGUCCAGAGCCAGAGAUCAGCCCUGUGGUGGAACUCAGCCAUCUGGAAGGUAUCCAUGGCCCUAGGUCUCCUCAUUUUAACUGCAGGAGUAGCCAGCCUCUCCGUCGGUUACUCUACCCCUCACAAGAUCGAGUCUUUUGGGGAAGGUGACCUCUUCUUUGUCGACACCCAGGCCAUUAACUUCAACCGGGGGCUUCACCAGAGCAGGGCGGCUGGGAUCGGGCUCUCCUGCCUGGGUGUGGCGCUGGCUGCCAUGGGGCUCGUGGUCUGGGUCCUCCCUCGGGCUGACUGGAAGAGUAGGAUAUUUAACAGAGCAGAAAAUGGGGAGGGCCGAGGGGAGUGGAAGCCCAAAUGGAUGAGUUUUAGUGAUGCAGGGGAUGUAGUCACCAAGCCACCUGUUUUAGAUGAGAAAAAAAUCCCUAUAACUCUGUCGAAAGUGGAAAAUGUGCAGCCAGCUUCUUAA